CAGAUUCCGGGCCGGCUGGGGGCUAGCGGGUGCGGGUAUGGGGACUGCCGGCCUGGCGCGGCUGCACGGGCUCUUCGCGGUCUAUAAGCCCCCGGGGUUAAAGUGGGAGCACCUGCGGGACACCGUGGAGCUGCAGCUGCUGAGAGGUCUCAACGCUGGGAAGCCUCCCGCGCCUGAAAAGCGUGUUCGCUUCUUGCUGGGGCCCGUGGACGGCCGUGAAGACAAGGAGCUGACCCUCACAGCCUCCAGCGUGCCCACCCUCACCACGCAUCCGCUGGUACGGGGACCAGCGUUUACCAGCCUGAAGAUCGGCGUGGGACACCGGCUGGAUGCCCGUGCUUCUGGGGUGCUUGUGCUCGGCGUGGGACACGGAUGCAGGCUCCUCACCGACAUGUACGAUGCUCAUCUCACCAAGGAUUACACCGUACGCGGCCUCCUGGGCAAAGCCACGGACGACUUCUGCGAGGACGGGCGGUUAGUGGAGAAGACGACCUACGACCACGUGAGCAGGGAGAAGCUGGACCGGAUCCUGGCCGUGAUCCAAGGCUCCCAUCAGAAGGCCCUGGUGAUGUACUCCAGCCUGGACCUGCAGUCCCAAGAGGCCUACGAGAUGGCUGUGCAGGGCGCGAUCCGGCCCAUGAGCAAGUCCCCAAUGCUGGUCACUGGCAUCCGGUGCCUCCACUUUGCACCCCCAGAAUUCCUCUUAGAGGUGCAGUGCAUGCACGAGACACAGCAGCAGCUGCGAAAGCUGGUGCACGAGAUCGGCCUGGAGCUCAGGACCACUGCUGUCUGCUCGCAAGUGCGGCGCACACGCGAUGGCUUCUUCGCGCUGGACGAUGCCCUCCUCAGGUCCCAGUGGGACUUGCACAGCAUCCAGGACGCCAUCCAGGCCGCGGCCCCCCGCGUGGCGGCAGAGCUGGAGAAGAACUUGAGGUCGGGGCAGGGCAGCCAGCAGCUCCCCAGUCCAGGCCGUGCCUCGGACUCCGAGGGCCCCAGCUCCGCCGUGGGGCACUAGGCGGAUAAAGGCUCCGUGUCCGCGAGGGGGAACCGACGGCUGCCAAGGGUGAGCCUGCGGGAGCUUUUCCACGCGACACGAGGCGGAGGAGCACCAGCAGGAAAGGUGGUCCGGCUUCGGCGUGGAGGAACAGACGAGAAAUGAGUGGCACGGCGACGAGCACUGGUAUCCUUAAGAUGGGAAAAGCUCCUAGGAGCGGGAAGGAAAUUGGGAAAUGAUUUGAAGUGUGUGGGCUCGAAAGCACUCCAGCGGCCGGCGAGCCGGGAACAGUGCUCACCUCCCUCACGACGAAAGGCAGGUGGAAGCGAGAUGACCCCACUCGCCGUUCACAGUGGGAAAGGAAGGAGACGCACCAGGCUCGGGGCUGGGGUGGAGAAGGGUGGCAGGAACUAUGUAUCGAGACUCAGAGCCUAGAGUUCCUGCCCUGGGAUCCAGCAGGUUCCCUCAGGAGUCUCAGGUUCCAGCGUGGUUAUAGCAAGUUACAGGCCGCAGGUGUUCUUAGCUACACGGUAGUAGCAGAAAGUGUAGGAGAUGUGGGGCUGGUGGGCGCAGCUGGCAGAUGCUUGGGACACUGGCGUCCCCAAGCAGAGCAGCGGUUCGAGUCCUGGCUGCGGUUUCCCACCCAGCUUCCUGUGUGUGUGCCGGGAAAGGCAGUGGAGGGUGGCCCGAGUACGUGGCCUGUGACCAGAGCUGCAGCUUCUCUGAGGGGAAGCACUGGAAUGUCUCGGCCACACACGUGCCCACGGUAGCAGAGGCCACAGGAGCCUGGCUCUUUCAGCUCCCCGCAGAGCCCCCCAGGGCUGCCCGAGGCCCGGAAACGCAGCUUCCUGAGCCAUAAAAUGGGAAAAGUGGUUUCACCCAUCUUGCGUGGGUACAGAGGAAGUCAUGUGUGAGUGUACCCAGGACCUGGUCCAUCACAGGUGCUCUGUGAGCCUGGAGCGUCUUCCGGGUCUCCCACGCGGUGCAGGGCCUUUCCCAGGCCAUGGCAGAGAGCUGGAUCGGAAGAGGAGCAGCCAGGACUUGAACCGGUGCCCGCAUGGGAUGCCAGCACCACAGGCAGUGGCUUUACCCACUACGCCACAGCGCCAGCCUCUUGGCCAUCUCUUUCAAAGCAGGGGCCUACAAGCCAGGGUUGUCACAGGCAGUUAGGCCUGUGGUCCAACACCUCUUGUUUCUCUGGCGUAAAAGUGAGCCAGGAGCAAGCAGCCCUCAGGCAGGGAGCCAGGUGAAGCUCAGCAGCCAUGGCUACACCGACAGUGUGCACCUGAUGGCGUGUGAUGAAAUGGGCCCUUUGUCGCCGUGACCUCUGUCCUGAAAACCCAUCACCCCAGUCUCAUCGCAAGAAAAACGGCAGAGACUUCCCACACUGGGGCACCCUACAGAACACCUCCGCUGGACUCAGAAUCGCCCAGGUCCUCAAAAGCAGGGAAAACCUGAGACGGCGCCCCCGCCAGGCAGGGCGUGGAGAGACGGGACGACUGUGUGGCCCAUGGUCUGGACGAGGGAGAGAAACUAAGGGAGUCUAAGUAAACUAUGGACUUUGGUUAAUAAAAAUGUACAGUUAAUUCUAGAGUUGUACUAACCUAAUAUGUUAAUAACAUCUGGGAGAAGAAUUCUCAGUACUACCUUGUGUUUCUGUACUUUGCUGUUCUUAGAAAAUACCCUGGAGGAGCUGGUGUUGCGGGUGAAGCCGCUGCCGGCGAUGCUGGCGUCCCGUCUGGGUGCCAGUUUGCAUCCCCGCCACUCCACUUCCGAUCCCGCUCUCUGCUAAUGCUCCUGGGAAGGCAGUAGCGGAGGCCCCAGUGCUCAGGCCACUGCCACCUGACCCGGAGGAAGUUCUUGGCUCUUGGCUUCAGCCUGGCCCAAACUGGGCAGUUGUGGCCAUCUGGAGAGUGAACCAGAUGGAAGGUCUCUGUCUCUCCCUCUAUAACUCUGACUUUCAAAUAAAUAAGUCUUUAAAAAGAUAAACAAUUCUAAAAAGAUCACCUGACGAAACAACCUCCCAGAGGCAAAAUAGAGGCUGUCGUUGGGAACAGCAUUGGUGGCUCCUGGGGAGCCCAUUUAAGGGAGGGGAGGGGCCAUCGUUCUGGCACAGUGGGUUAAGCCACCGCUGUGUCGCCAGCAUCCCCUGUCAGAGUGCCGAUUCCAGUUCUGGCUACUCCAGUUCCUAUGCAGCUCCCUCCUGAUGCACCUGGGAAGGCAGUGGCAGAUGACCCCAAUACUUGGGCCCCGGCCACCCAUAUGGCUUCAGCGAGGCCCAGCCCCUGCCGUUGUGGACAUUUGGGGAGCCAGUCAGCACAUGGAAGAGAUCUCUGCCUUUCAAGCAAAUACAUAAUUGUUUUUUAAAAAAAGAUUAUUUAUUUGAAAGAGCUACAGAGAGGUAGAGACAGAGGGAGGUCCUCCAUUACUGGUUCACUCCCCAGAUGGCUGCAACGACUGGAGCUUCCGGGUCUCCCACAUGGGUGCAGGGGCCCAAGCACUUGGGCCAUCUUCUACUGCUUUCCCAGGCCACAGCAGAGAGCUGGCCUGGAAGAGGGGCAACCGGGACAGAAUCCGGCGCCCCGACCAGGACUAGAACCUGGUGUGCCGGCGCUGCAGGCGGAGCCUAAAGUUUCUUAGUUUACAAAGGGGACCAGCAUUGUGGUGGAGCAAGUUCAGCCUCUGCCUGCGAUGCUGGCAUCCAUCUGGGCGCUGGUUUGUGUCCUGGCUGCUCCAUUUCUUUCUUUCUUUUUUUUUUUAAGACUUACUUAUUUAGUUGAAAGGCGGAGUUGUGAGAGACAGAGAGAGAGGUCCUCCAUCUGCUGGCUCACUCCCCAACUGGCCGCAAUGGUCAGAGCUGCGCUGAUCUGAAGGCAGGAGCAGGAUCCUCCUCCAGGUCUCCCAAGUGGGUGCAGGGCCCCAACGACUCAGUCUUCCACUGCUUUCCCAGGCCAUAGCAGAGAGCUGGAUCCGAAGUGUAGCAGCCAGGACUUGAAACGGUGCCCCUAUGGCGGUGGCCUUACCCGCCCUGCCACAGUGCCGCCCCCCUGCUCCAUGUCUUAACCAGCUCCCUGCUAGUGCGCCUGGGACAGCAGCAGAAGAGGCCCACAUGCCUGGACCCCUGCACCCACGUGGGAGACCUGGAUGAAACUGGCUCCUGGCUUCGGCCUGGCCUAGCUCAGGCCAUUGUUUCCACUUGGGGAGUGAACUGGCAGAAGGAAGAUCUCUCUGUAACUCUGCCUUUCAAAGAAACAAAU